AUGAAAAGCAUUAUGCGGCAACGCGUAUGGUGGCCUGGCAUGUCGGGAGAUAUUAUGAAGUGGGUUGAAUCAUGUAAAAUAUGCUGCUUAAACGGAAAACCGGAAAAGCCUACACCGAUGGAGAGAGUGUUUGCUCCAAAGACCGCAUGGGAGUCCAUCGCAAUGGAUUUUAAUGGGCCGUACAUAAAAUAUGGUGGCAUUCUGAUCUUAGUUAUAAUUGACUAUAGAUCUAGAUUCAUCAUCGCUCGGCCUGUAAAGUCCACAAAAUUUGAAUGCGUACGGAAAGUUCUUGAUAGUGUGUUCCAACAAGAAGGCUAUCCAAAAGCUAUAAGAACAGAUAAUGGGCCGCCGUUUAAUAGUACUGACUUUGCGGAAUAUUGCAAACAGCGGGAUGUAACACUCACAUUCUCUACACCUCUUUUCCCGCAGCAAAACGGACUUGCAGAGAGCUGCAUGAAAUUGAUAAAUAAGGCUAUGUGUACUGCCACCUGUAAUAGCACCAAUUACAUUGACGAACUAAAAGCGCCAUCAAUGCUCACAAUGCUGCAGAGCAUAGCGUAA